AUGGUCGAAUGGCUUCGUGGCAAGGGCCCGUUACCUUUACAUUUUCUAGUGCGAGAUAGUCGUGGGCAGCAGCUGCACACACCGGAGCAUAGGGGACCUUAUAUGCACAUGCUCCAAGUCGAGGCGAUGUGCAUGUUCUUUUGUUCAUCUCGACCGUACCUGAUCCGUAUCUACGUAGACGAGGUGAACGUUAUAACCGGUCAAACUACCCAAGACCAAGACAAUCAGGACUACUUCGUUGUGCCAGAACAAGAAUUUGUGAACGGACACAAGCCCGAUCCUACGACGCCACCGAUACAGUUUCGCUGCCCUCGUUUCCAGCUCUAUGCCACAAAGCGAAGCUUUACGAACAUACGGUUUGAAAUAACACCCUACAUGGAUAAUAGAUACAUGCAACUACAAAUGUUCGAUGAUGAUCCCGACAACCAACAAACUUUCUCAAUUCUGCCGACUAUCACUGUCAAGGAUCUCAAAGAUAAGUACAACCUCCAAUUCGAAGAGGUACCUUCUAGCGAAACGAAGCUUUAUCACCGUGGGUGGAAACUGAAUGAUGCUCGACCGUUGAGUGACUAUGGAAUAACACCGGUAGGUGGUGCACUGUCUUGCGAGGUUGAUAAGGGUAUAUGCUAG